CUAUUACUGCAUUUUAUAACGUCACAGCAUGAGUUAGGAAACACAGGUCAUAUUUUUGUGACUGCUGCGGUCGUUGUGUAGAAGACCUCUAUUUUAAGUUUAAACAUAUACAGCAGACAAGGAAUGAAUGAAAUUAAGCGCUGUAACUGACAAGGCUGAAGUCUCCGCGGUCCAUUCAGUCAACAGUGCUGUGAGUUUAUGAUUCAGCACAUUAUGGUGCGCCACAGCAAACUCCAGAAGCAGGUAUUAGCACUGUAUCGACAGUUUCUGCGGGCAGCACAGGACAAACCCGGCUUCAUACCCAGAAUACGAGAUGAAUUUCGCACCAACGCAGCCAUCAAGAAGACGGACGUCAUGCACAUAGAAUACCUUUAUCGCCGAGCCCAACGCCAGCUUGAACUGCUUAAAGAUGCAAACACAAAACAACUGGGAUCAUUCAGCAAGUUGAAAGAGGACAGUUGACCACUCUGUUGAUCAUGCCAUCUUUUCUGUUUUGUAAUAUUAUUUAUGGGAAAUCACUUUCUUGGCUGGAGCCUUCAUAAAAAGCCAAGACCAACUAGAUUCGUACUGUUCUCAGGGAUGUUUACAAUGUAAAGGCAUGUUUUAGGUGACAACUCGUUACAGUUUUUACACAGUGUUGUAGUUGGCGGGUUCAAAACUAAGAUUAUUUAGGUUAAGUUGGUUUUAUGUUCACACGUUCAGACUUUCUCCUUAAUAAUACAGUUUCAGAAAAGUAUUUUUGCAUAAUGCUAGUAGUGAAACCAUAUUAGCUGCCAAUGACUAUCAAUGUACAACAUUGUUCACAGUCAAUUAAAUAUUGUUAAUGUUGUUUUAAGUCAUGUUUAAUUUACAUGUGAUUUCAGUUAUAUUUAAAUUACCAUGGUAAACAGUAUAGGGAGCCUGUUGCAAGGUAUUACUAAACGAAUGUAUGAAUAUAAAACCAACUUUGCCUUAAUGAUUAUUUGCUGCUACAUCAUUAUACUCCAUUACAGUGUUUCUCAACCACGCUCUUUUAGGACCACCAACACUGCAUGUUUCUGUCACACCCAUAACAGGUGUUUCAGUCUCUGCUGAUGAACUGAUUAUCUGAAUCAGGUGUGUUAAGAAGAUUUAGAAAAUGUGCAGAGCUGGUGAUCCUCCAGGAAUGUGGUUGAGAAACACUGCUCUAAUAAACUUGUAUCAUUUUUGACUGAAAUAUCUUCAAAGUUACUUUUGCUUGAAUCUCAUAAAUGUCGACAGUGUAGAUCAUAGGUCUCAAACUCAAUUCCUGGAGGGUUGCAGGUCUACACAGUUUUGCUCCAACCCUAUCAAACACAGCUGAUCCAAACAAUCGAGGUGUUCAAAAGAGUCAUGAAAACCUCCAUUAGUUUGGAUCAGCUGUGUUUGAUAGGGUUGGGGCAAAACUGUGUAGACCUGCAACCCUCCAGGAAUUGAGUUUGAUACUUAUGGUUUAGAGGUUAAUCUGUGUUUGUGGUAUCUAUUAUCUGUUGGACAGGUGUUUAUGAACACACAUUUAUGUUUUUUGACUGGUUCCUUGCUGUAAAACUUUAAAAACAGAUAAUAAUGUACUCCCAAACUUAAAAGUUGUCCUGUUGCUUAAAUGAUUGCAUGCUACUAAAGAUGUGAUGCG